CAAUUACCUUUUUUGUCCAUGGCCCUUUGAACCUUUACUGUAAACUUGAUCAAAGGCCUUUCAAGGUUCUCAGUCGAUAUCUCCCAUAUCGACAUCCUCUAUUAUCGAUUCUGAACUAAUAGCUCGACGAUGGAAGAGUCUCUCGAUGACAGUGACCAGAUAGCCGCUGAUGCUAGCAACCCCCCUUGGUUUCAAGACCCCACUCGCUCUAAGCCAUUCACGCCCUUUAAGACUGUUGAUCUCGACUUUGUUGAAGAAUGUUACUGUGCUGCGCUCUUUCCAUGGUCCGAGCAGUCUUUGAAUGCCCUAUGGCAUGGUGAGAAGGAUAACGAAGAGUUCCGGAACCCAUGGAAGCAAAUGAUCUCCGACUGGUCUGGAGCCCUCGCAAUCGGAACCCUGGACUCUCUCCUUGUUAUCCCGCUCAGUGCCUCGAGGUCGCGCAAGGGCCUGUCAGUGUCGGUACCAAACCAAGAACAGAACACGCCUGUGAAAAAGACCUCCGUAAUGGCCUUGGGGUGGGCGCUGACUCUUGAGGCGCCACUAGAGCCUCUUGUUGUUUUCUCAGCGGGCAGCAUCCUGUACAUCCUGAACGCAGUGAAAGGCGAGAUCAUCAGCCACUUGCGUGGACAUGGUGGACCGAUCACAUCUAUAGUCGUUCACCCUACGCAUCCCUAUUUGUUCUGCACCACUUCAAGGGAUUUUACAACACGCAUAUAUGAUUUAACAAUGUCCCCACAACAGGGCCCUGACAACCCUUGCUGGCCACCAUCUAAAGCCCCCAGCCUAGGCGGAGCCCCCCACGGGCUGCAAGCUAGCGAGCCAGAGGGUGUGGGCAUAGGUCGAUGCAUUGUUGUUCUUUGUGGAGGCCCGUCCGGGGGUCAUGAGGCUGCCGUUCUGAAUGCUGCAUUCCAUCCAACGCAUCCUCUGAUCGCUACAUGCGGACUAGAUCGGGCGGUGAAGAUAUGGUGUUUUUCACCCUUGGAAGACUUGUCUUCCAAUAAGCUUGUUCGUGAGGACAAACCUCUUUUCAGCAGCACUCGUAUCCACAAGGCGCGCAUCAUGUCCGUUAGCUGGCUUAGCACCGACACUUUGGUAACCCAUAGCGCGCCCGCUCUCAUGAGACGUCACGAUCGCAAGGACGAUAUAUACCACGAAGAUGGAACCGUGACAAUUUUCCGGUGGAUUGGAUUUGAUAGAUUUUUUCCUGCAGGAUCAGAGCCUUCAAGUUCUGCGCAGGUGUUCAGGGGUUGCUCAUCGGAUUAUCAGGAGAGCUCAUCAUUCACCCUCAUCUCGACGUCGUCUUUGCCCCAGCUAACUCGACACAUUCACGUCACCCAAACGUUCACGGGCGAUUAUAUACUUGCAUUGUCUCUUCCUGACAGUGUUUGUCUGUACAACCUGGCAAAAUUCCACCCCCGCGUGAUAGCGCCAGACCCGCCUGAACAUGACAUCGAAUCUGAUCUCGAACUUAGUCGACUACGCCUUGACGAUGAUGGAGAAGACGAAGAACAACCAAUAUCAAAUAUUUUCGGGAAAUCACCCGAAGCGCAGCGCUGGGAGGUUCUAGUUCCUGGUGCACAGGAAAGCGUGCAGGCCUGCGUGCUUGGCUUUGGAGGACAGUUAUUGGUCACACUUGAGAAACGUAGGGUUUGCAUUUGGAGAGAGACGGUGAGAUAA